AAAACGCUCAGCGCUCCUUGGUGUCUCAGUUCUACCAAAAACCAAAACAAAAACGCUUUUUGAAACACUGACGAAGAAGAUAAUACAAUUGCAAAUCCAUAUACAUUCACAGAACAACACGACCUCUGAACCAACUUCCAUGGACUCUCGCUCUCAGAUCUUGCUCCUAACCUAGCCGAUUUCCAGAGGUUUUGUUGUAAGGAUAAGGAGUGGGAACCUGCUGUGGUGCUGGUGAGGGAUAUGACGGUCUGACGUAGAGAACGGCGAGAUGGACGAUAGAGGUGGUGGAUCGUUUGUUGCUGUGAGGAGGAUUUCUCAAGGACUGGAGCGAGGAAAUACUUGCCAUUCGUCUUCAGCUGAGGUUGUGGCAGGAUCAGCUGCAUGGCUUGGCCGGGGUCUUUCUUGUGUUUGUGCACAGAGAAGAGAAAGUGAUGCGCGCUCAUCAUUUGACUUGACCUCUGCACAGGAGGAAUGCUUGCUGAGACUGCAGAACCGCAUAGAUAUUGCUUAUGAUAGUUCAAUCCUUGAGCACCAGGAGGCUCUAAGGGCUCUAUGGAAUGUGGCCUUCCCGGAGGAAGAACUUCGUGGUUUGAUAUCUGAGCAGUGGAAGGAAAUGGGCUGGCAAGGAAAGGAUCCAUCGACAGAUUUUAGGGGUGGUGGUUUUAUUUCAUUGGAGAACUUGUUAUUCUUCGCCAGAAAUUUUCCGAAGUCAUUCCAGGAUCUUCUUCGAAAGCAGGAGGGAGAUCGGUCUCUAUGGGAAUACCCAUUUGCUGUUGCUGGGGUGAACAUCACAUUUAUGCUUAUUCAAAUGCUUGAUCUUGAAGCAGCUUAG